AGUAGUCAUUCUAAAUCGACGCCUGGCUGACUGCAGACGCGCUCCUCGGAUCGAAAUCGAAUUCGAAUACGCCAUCGUAUCGGUCGGUUCAAUCAAGUGUCGGGCGCUCUAAUCAUUAAUUAAGUGUCUUAAGAAAAUAAUUCCAAUUUGGCUAUCGAAACGGGUUUCCAUCUACUGCAUGUGCGAGUGACUAUGUUUUUGCGGUAGGCUCAUUUGUGAAAAAAGAAAAAUCGUUUGCAGCCAGUUAGAUUUUCACCUGAAUUGCAAUCGAGUGUAAUUAUCACACCGGCAGUAUGGAGAUGGAGACCACAACAGCAGCAGCUGUGAUGCUGGCAAAUGCAACUUCUGCGACCAUUCCAAGUGCCCUCUAUGCAAAUCGCAACCGAUUGAUCUUUGGGGCCAUUGUCAUGGUUUUGGGGGUUUUCGGCAAUUCCCUGGCUCUCUUUAUUUUGGCGCGCAAAAAGCACAACAAAAACAGCAAAUACACGCUCAUGUUGCGCUGCCUGGCCACCAACAAUCUGGUGGCUUUGCUGGGGAUGCUAACCACAACGCUGUUGAAGAUCUACCUCUCGAAGGAGGUCCUGCAGUCCUUUGUGCGAAUGGACUGUGUGGGGCAUGUGGUGUGGCGAUUCUUUGGCCUCAGCUCCGGGUGCAUUGCAGCAGUCAUGGCGGCGGAAAGAUGGAUGGCCCUGGCCAGACCCUUUAUUUACCACAAGCACAUCACCUACGAGCUGAUACGCAAGAGCAUCAACAGCAUACUGAUUGUGGCCGUGAUCAUCACGUUCCUGCCAUUUGUUGGGUUUGGCGCCUACAUCGAUGAAUCGAAUCCGGAACAGCUUAAGUGCAUACGAUAUCGCGAUGCGCAGGGUGUGUGGAACAAGUCGUAUGCGGUGCUCUUUAUGGUCUUUGGCACCCUAUUGUGCAUCGUGAUAGUGGCCUGCAACCUAUUCGUGGCCCACACACUGCUCUGUGUGAUUGGACGGAGUCGAACGGCCAAGCGACACAUGCACUAUGACCUGGUCAAAGACAAGGCCAGUACGAUUAGCAUUGAUCCGGAGAGCAGCAGCGGCACCACUCUCUAUCAGACACAGCUCAGUUCCGGAAGCGGAAGUAGCCAUCGCAGUGUCCAGCCAACGAGGCAGUUCCGGCACAGCGUCAGUGUUACAAUGGCGGCCACGGACUCCUCACCCGUGGAGAUCAAGUUCGCCAAGCUGAUGGCCUUCCUUAGCAUCUCCUUUGUCAUCUGCUGGAUGCCACAAAUGAUCGCCAUCCCGUUGGCCAUUGCUCCAGAUCGGGUGCCCGCAUCGAAUAAAUUCUUCAUCAUCGCCGACGUGCUCACAGCUCUGCACUUCACCUCGGAUCCGUAUGUCUACGUGCUGAGUCGCUCCAAGUCCAUCAACUGGUCGUUGCUCAGUUGCAUCAAGCGCUGGCGCAGCGGCUGGCGUCCGGGCGGACUUCGCCGGUCUCAGAGCGAUCAGAGCCGGAUGCGAACCACGAUGACGGAGGCGAAUACUCUGGACUUCAACUGAUACCGCUGGAUCCUCAACAGGCACCCAAGUACUUAACCCCUUCUCGGUGGGGUCUCACUCAUCUUUAUGCUCCGCCUACCUUCGAACACUCGAAGGAGAAGCAUCUCCUAGUCGCUUAAGUUGUAAAUAAUACAUAUAUGUACCCUAUUUGUAUGACAUCAUAUCAAGGUUUUCCUUAUACGCUCAGCUCACAUAAUCUCUGAAUCGAAAUGCGAUUUGUGGCAUAAAAUAUACCGCAUAUGUACCUAUGUGUAAAUGUA